UUUGGAAAAGGUUGAAAUUUCAACAUGGAUCAACAAGCAUUAUGCAGUAUUUGUGACACAGUUUUGAUCAAUGACACCGACACUGUUGUUUCAGUGAAAGAGAGAGGAUUAAAAAAGUUGAUUGAGAAAAGCAUGGAGAAGGAAGACAGAAAAAGAGAGUUAUGGCUCGGAAAGAUUGAAGUAAGUUUUCAUGAAAAAUGUAGGAAGUCGUAUCCUAUGUCUACCUCUUCAAUUAAGAGAAAAUCAAAAUUAUCUACUGAUCCAUCUUCAUCACAUUUUACAUCAUCUGUAGUUGGACCAAGUAUACUACCAGCGUCAACUUCAACAAAUUUGAAUUUUGAUUUUGUAAAUCUAUGUUUUUUUUGUAAAAUGUCAUUGGAUCGCAAACAUAAACGGGUCCAUUUGAUAGCUAAUAAGUACACACAAGACCAGAUACUGGAUAUUGCCAGGAGGCAAAAUGAUGAGUUUAGUACUGAAUUGAUUAAACGCAUUAAAGACAUCAACCUAGUUGACUGUAAAGCUAGUUAUCAUCAUAAAUGCUACUUGAAUUUUAAUAAGCUCGUGAAGGAACCAAAAAUCUCUACCCUUAAAGAACAAACAGCUAGGAUUUUUAAUCAAAUUUGCAAACACAUUGAAGAAAGCUGUCAGUAUACAUUUAGUUUGCGGGAACUAAAAGAUAUCAUGGGAGAUGAUCCCUUGAGUAACUUUGUUUUAUUUCGAAUGUUGAAAGAAAAAUAUAAAGAUGAUAUCUUCAUAUCUCAUCAUCGAGGUAAGGAACCAAUGAUCUAUUAUAAAACAUUCGAUAUUUCUAAAAUUUGUAGCGAUUGGUUCACUGGUGAUGGCGAUGAAAUGGAUGAUUUACAAAAGCAAACAAUUUUGAAUGUCGCUGUCAAAAUACUCCGUAAUGAAAUUAUUAAACACGAUUAUCGUAAUACAUCGUACCCUCCUGCGUCCAGUUUUCUUGACGAUGUUGUGUCAUCAAUUCCGCCAUUAUUAACUUCGUUCCUUGGAAAUUUACUAUGCAAGGAUAACAGUGACCAAUACAGUGAUAAUUUUAUUGUUAGAGAUUCAAUAGCACAUUCCAUCGUCAGUUAUUUACGUCCCAAACAAUUUAUAUCAUCUCUCCAAUUGGCAGUUGGUUCAUAUGUCCACAGAAAAACUGGUUCCAGACUAAUUGUUGAUCUGUUGAGCAAAUUAGGUGUUUGUGCCUCAUAUUAUCACAUUCAGUUGCAUGAAGCUUGUACAGUUAUUAAUCCUCCAGCUCUUAAAAUUAAUGGUGAUAAGCCAUUUGCACAAUUUGUGUUUGAUAAUACUGAUCACAAUGCUAAAACAUUAGAUGGUAAAGAGACUUUUCAUUGCCUUGGUGGAAUAGUAGCGUAUACGCCUGAAUCGUCUAUAAGCUUCGAAGAAAAUAUUGUUAAAUUUAAGAAAAUGCCAAAACCUCAGGAAUUAGUAUCAAAACACGUUAUUCCCCAAUUACCUUACGGGUCUUUUAACACUAAGGCUCUACAAUCACUAGAAUUCAUUGCGAUAAAAAACAUUCCAGUGAGAAAAUCACCUGUGAUAUCAACUUAUUAUUCUGCGUAUCUUUGGGCCAAGUUCUUCGAGGUUAAAAACGUACCAUCUUGGAAAGGAUAUAUGGAAGUUUUGUCUUCCGGGAUUCCUUAUACAAUGUCGCAAAUUGUUUGCUUACCAUUUAUAAAUGGACCACCGUCAAAUUUGACGACAUUAAAUAGUUCUUUACACUAUGCAGCAGCUGAAACUCGUAAAUUAAAUAGACAGACAUGUUUUGUCACAUAUGACCAGCCAUUAUAUGCUAAAGCUCUUUCGAUAGUACAAGAAUCGAAUAGUGAAGAAUUAAAAAAUGUUGUCGUUCGUCUUGGUGGCUUCCACCUGUUUAUGUCAAUUGGGAACUACACUUACAAAGCGUCAAAGAGAUGUUACCAUUCUUCCAUGCAAGUGGACAUUAUCCAUAUGCGAAAUACGCUCAAAUUUAUUUGCAACAAAUGGCUGACCUCGAGUUAAUUAUGGAUCCAGGAGAAUAUGACGAAUUCACGAAGGAAGGUUUUUUUACAAUUCGUAGAUCCGAAAAAGCAUGGGCUGGAAUUUGGUCAGACAUGGUUAUUGAACAGACCCUCAAUCGUUUCUUCGGUACUGACUUGAAGCAUGGAAGAGGUGUUACUUCCAGUGUUGUAACAAGAUAUUUAGUAGCAAUGCCAUCAGCAUUCAAUAUCAUGGAAUGUUUAGAGACAUAUUGCAAGAUUGAAUCAAGCAACAGUGAACAACAUGUUGAUAUUUCAAGAAGUAGAAUCACAAAAGAUGAAGUAGGAAUUAAAAAAUUUUUGUUUUGGCUUGAUGAAAGAAAUCCAUUUGAGGUUAGAACUUCAUUAGUAUCACUCUCUACUGGAAUCAUAGGUGGACCAACAAUUAAUUGUCAUAAUGCAGUAGAAGUUGGAUUGCAAGGUAUAGCUACCAUGGUUGGUAAAAAUAUUGAUAACGUUGGUGGUAAUAUACUUUUAUAAAAUGACACCAGGAAAACAAGCUAAUGUUAUUUAUUCUACGGAAUACGAUAAAAAUUUGAAGCCUUUUUUGCUUUUUGCGCAUGCAUUUGCAGGUUGCGACACUACAAGUGCAAUUUUUAAAAAAGGAAAAAAAAGUAUAAUAUCUUUAUUGAAAAAAAAACCUGAUUUGCAAGCUCUAAUUUCUGUUUUCUAUGAGUCUAAUCGUUCAAUUGAGGAAUUAUACGCAGUAUCUGAAAAAAUUAUAUUCCAUCUCUAUGGUCAAAGUAUUACAGAUGAACUGACACUUGGUGAAUUAAGAUAUAGGAUAUUUUCAUCAUCGGCUGCUGCUUUUAAAAAAGAAGUUAUCUUAGCUUCUUUACCACCGACUGAAUCAGCCCUACGAGAACAUACAAAACGAGUGUAUUAUCAAAUUCAACAGUGGUUAGGCAACAAUCUAAAUCCGGACGAUUGGGGUUGGAGAAGAACCUUAUUUAUGAUGAUACCUAUCAUGUCAAACGCGGAACCAGCACCAAAGGAGUUAAUAGAUAAAGUAAGUUACAAUUCACACCAACUUAUCUUAUUUUAGUGUUAUCCAAUAGUAAUAAUAAAUUAUUCAUUUUGCAUUUUAUUUUAACAGGUUUCUUGUAGCUGUAAAACGAAUUGUUUAUCAGCUCGAUGUGGUUGCAAAAAAAGUGGUUUAAAAUGCAAUAAAUUUUGUAAAAGUUGCCAAGGCCAAAGCUGUGAUAACGCUUCUGCAAGAUCGUUUAAUCUUGAGGAUGAAGAAAAUGAAGAUAAAGAAGAUGAAGAAAGAGAUGAUAGUGAUGAUGAAAAUGAUGAUGAUGGAAAUGUUUAUGAGGAUGAAAAUGAUGGUGAAGAAGAAACUACUGUCGAAGACGGAGAACAAGAAAAUGAAGCUAUAUGUACAGGACGUAAAACUGUUAAAAACACUCGUUCAAAAGUAUCCACACAAAAGGUAUAAUAUCAAUCAAAUAAAAUUCUUCUUUAGUUAAUUUUUACGCUAUGGACGAUAAUUUUUUUCUUGUAUUCUUCACAGAUUUUUUGUGGUUGUAGAACCAAUUGUGCAUCAGCAAGAUGUAGUUGUAGAAAAAGUUCUCUCAAAUGUAAUGAAUUAUGCAAGUUUUGUCAUGGUGAUACAUGCAAUAACAGUAUAAAUGCAGGCGUUGAUACCAAUGAAGAUAGUGAAUAUGAGACACAUAAAAAAGCUAACGAUAAAGACGAAGAAACACCUACUGAAGAAGAAAACGAAGGAAGCUAAACUGUUAGAGACAGCAGUCCACUUGAUGAAAUUUAUAUUAACUUUGAAAAAUUUUAAUAUAAUUUUUGGAAUUGCAAAAUCUAUAUUUUUUUAUUUAUUAUAUAAUUAGAGAAUCAAUUACUCUUAGGAAGUUUCUUCAAAUUUUUUUAAUUGUAAUACAAUUUUGUAAUCUAUUAAAAAAAAAAAUAUAUUUUCAUCAGUUAAA